CGAGCUGCAUCUCCUCGUGACGUAACCAAAGUGAGAGAGUGUGGCGAGGAGGUAGAGAGGGAGCCGCACGGUGAGACGGCCCCAGUGUGAGGUGUGUGUUAAGAGUGCGCGGUGCUGUGCCUCCAGGAGCAGCUCCACUGCCGUCGGUGAGCUGGCAGGGUUUCAUUUGGGCCACGGAACAGGCGUGUGCGGUGCUCACCGCUCCGUUUCCCACUCAGCUCACUGCUGCAGACGCCGGAGAGCUUCAUUCUCUGCCCGUCAGCGGCAGCCGACGAGGAACCUGAUAACACAGCUGUCGUCUGGUAGAGGGAUGGCUCUGUUCAUUCUCCCCCUCUUCUCCGCCAUGUUGCCUUCACUCAGCGUGUCUGCAUAUAAUACAUCUGCUGGUUGUGCUAUCAUCCGUCCUCCCAGGGAUGGAGGGAUAAGGUACAGAGGUCUGACACAAGAGCAGAUCCGCAGCGUGCAGGUGCUCCCAGUAGACUAUGAGAUAGAGUACAUCUGCAGGGGCAACAGGGUGAUUACGGGACCCAAGGUCAGGAAGUGUUUGCCCAAUGGCACUUGGACCGAUCUGAGCCAGCACAGCAGAUGCUUGUUGUUGUGUCCUCGGAUGUGGACGUCAUUGGAAAAUGGCUUGGUGUCUUCUCGGCCCCUGGGGCCUCCGAUGGAGGGGACAGUGCUGCACUACAGCUGCCUCCCUGGCUUCAUCCUCAUGGGCUGGAACUCAUCACAGUGCAAUAAGAUGGGCAAAUGGGACACUCCCAAACCUGUGUGUCACUGCAAGAAGAAGCUCUACAUCGGAGCCCUCUUCCCCAUGAGUGGAGGCUGGCCCGGAGGACAAGCCUGCCUCCCCGCCGCUCAGAUGGCUCUGAACCUGGUGAACAAGAGGAGCGACAUACUGCCGGACUACGAGCUGGAGCUGAUACACUACGACAGUAUGUGUGAUCCGGGGGAGGCCACGAAGCUGCUGUAUGAUCUUCUGUACACGGAGCCUAUUAAGAUUGUGCUAAUGCCCGGCUGCAGUUCUGUGUCUACGCUGGUGGCCGAGGCAGCUCGCAUGUGGAACCUCAUAGUGUUGUCAUACGGCUCCAGCUCUCCAGCUCUGUCCAACCGCCAGCGUUUUCCCACCUUCUUCCGCACUCAUCCGUCUGCCACCCUGCACAAUCCCACACGAGUGCAGCUCUUCCAGAAGUGGAAGUGGACCAAGAUCGCCACCAUUCAGCAAACAACGGAAGUUUUUACAUCGACUCUGGACGACCUGGAGGAGAGGGUGAAGGAGGCAGGGAUCGAGAUCAGCGUUCGUCAGAGCUUCCUUACUGACCCUGCUGUGGCCGUCAAAAACCUCAAGCGCCAAGAUGCCAGAAUUAUUGUUGGCCUGUUCUACGAGACGGAGGCCCGGAAGGUCUUCUGUGAGGUGUACAAGGAAAAGCUCUACGGGAAGAAGUACGUGUGGUUCCUCAUUGGUUGGUACGCAGACAACUGGUUUAAGAUCAAGGACCCGUCUAUUAACUGCACCGUGGAGCAGAUGACGGAGGCAGUGGAAGGUCAUGUGACCACUGAGAUUGUCAUGCUCAACCCGGAGACGGUGCGAGGAGCCUCCAACCUGACCUCUCAGGAGUUUCUGGCCCAGCUGAUGUCUAAACUCGGGGGCAAAAAUCCAGAGGAAACUGGUGGUUUCCAAGAGGCCCCGCUGGCCUACGAUGCUGUAUGGGCUCUAGCCCUGGCCCUCAACAAGACUGUGGGGCCCCUGAAGACCAAGGGCCACCGGCUAGAGGAUUUCAACUACAACAACCGAGAUAUCACCUCUGAGAUCUAUCGGGCCAUGAACACCAGCUCCUUCGAGGGAGUUUCGGGCCACGUUGUAUUUGAUGCUCAAGGUUCUCGAAUGGCCUGGACUCUGAUAGAACAGCUUCAAGGAGGGAGCUAUAAGAAGAUUGGAUACUACGACAGCACUAAAGGCAAUCUGUCCUGGUAUGGGAACGACAAGUGGAUAGGCCCAGGACCCCCUGCAGACCAGACCGUGGUCAUCGAGGAGUUUCGCUACCUGUCCCAGAAGCUCUUUGUGUCUGUGUCCGUCUUUGCCGGGUUGGGAAUCCUGCUUGGAAUCGUUUGCCUCACCUUCAACAUCUAUAACAGCAACGUUAGGUACAUUCAGAACUCUCAGCCCUAUCUUAACAACAUGACCGCAGUGGGCUGCAUGAUGGCUCUGGCUGCUGUCUUCCCUCUGGGCAUAGAUGGCCUUCAUGUUCACAGGAGACAGUUCCCUGUCAUUUGCCAGUUUCGCCUGUGGCUGCUCGGUCUGGGUUUCAGCCUCGCAUAUGGCAGCAUGUUCACCAAGAUCUGGUGGGUCCACACCGUCUUCACUAAGAAGGAUGAGAAGAAGGAUAAGAGAAAGCAGCACCUGGAACCGUGGAAACUCUACGCUACUGUUGGUGUUCUGCUCAGCAUUGACAUCCUCUCGCUGAUGAUAUGGCAGAUUGUGGAUCCUUUACAUAUUACAGUGGAGAAAUUCACCAGAGAAGCUCCCAAAGGAGACCUGGAUGUUUUGAUCCAGCCUUUACUGGAGCACUGUAGCUCAGAAAAGAUGAACACCUGGCUGGGUGUGGUGUAUGGCUACAAAGGCUUAUUGCUGCUGCUCGGCAUCUUCCUGGCCUAUGAGACCAAGUCCAUCUCUACAGAGAAGAUCAACGACCACAGGGCUGUCGGCAUGGCCAUCUAUAAUGUUGCUGUGCUGUGUAUGAUCACAGCUCCAGUGACCAUGAUCCUGUCCUCUCAGCAGGACGCCUCCUUUGCCUUCGCCUCCUUGGCCAUCGUCUUCUCGGUCUACAUCACCCUUGUGGUCCUGUUUGUCCCCAAGAUGCGACGCCUGAUCACGCGGGGCGAGUGGCAGUCAGAUGCCCAGGAGACCAUGAAGACCGGCUCGUCCACCAACAACAACGACGAGGAGAAGUCCAGACAACUGGAGAGAGAGAACAAGGAGCUACAGAAGAUCAUCCAGGAGAAAGAGGAGCGCGUGUCGGAGCUGAGGAACCAGCUGUCCGAGCGACAGGCCCUGCGAUCGAGGAGAAGAGCGUCCACCAUCACCAAUCAGAACCACAGCUCUCCCCCGCUCGCCAUCUUCCAGAGCGACCCCAGGUCUCUGGCCCCUCCUCCGGGGUACCCCGCCCCCACCUCUGACCCCCACCCCAUUGCCCCGUCCUUCCCCAACUCGUCCAGCCUCUACCAACCGGAUAGCAAGAUCAGCCGAAACAAUUGCCACACUAGCCGGCUGCAGCUGCUGUACAAGUGAGACGGCGGUGUUGAGCAUCGGAGGGCUCACAGCAAUGACAUCCUUAGCUACAUAGAGAUGGAAUAUUAAGUCAGUGAAGAGGCUGACUCUGAAGCUCAUUCCCACCAAUCAGCAGAGGCCAGAGGACAACCGGUGGAAAGGUUAAUCUUGCAAAAAUCUCCAGCGAGCAUUUACAUUCCAACUUGUUUCCUGCUCAUCUGUGGUAUUUUGUUAUCUCUCUCUGAGAUCAGAAGACAUACACACAACUUGUUAAUAAUCCAAUUUUGCAUUUGUGCCAUCUAGAGUUUGAAAAAUCAGAAGUGACCAAUUUCUAAGCCCUGGCCCCCUUACCUACCAUUGCUAACCUGUGAAGCUUUCCACUGAAACACUGCAAGUAAUGCAGGGCGAGAUUCACCAUCAAAAUUCAUGGCAGUUUCUGAAGUAAAACGUUCUUUCCUUUAGACAAAAAGAGGACACAAUAGUAAUUAAUCAGGGGUAGGGCUUAGUGAAAGGUCAACUGGGGUCCAAGAUUAUUAUGGCAAAACAUCAGUCACGUGUACUUUACAAUAUUGCCUCCUGAUAUGUCAGAUAGUGCUAUGUACUGAGUCAAGAGGCUGGACAAAAGGACAUACUUCAUGAUCAAUGAUACAGUACCUGCUGGUAUCCAUUACUGAAGCUUCGUCAUUUUUUGGUUGAUUGAUAUCAGUUUUUGACAUUGUCUCUGUUCAAAGAGACUGCUCAGCCGUUGUACAUAGUUGCGUCCGUAUAAAUGCUAAACCCCCACACUGUGGAUGAACUCAGUCCUGCUGAUUCAGGGUUGAAAACGAGGAGUCGGCUGCUUGUCAUCUGCCAGGUGUUUACUGUGUCAUGUGUUGUGAGCGACAGUCUGAAGAGCUGAAGGAGCUUCACAUGAGGCUAAAAGGCAGAAAUCCAAAUAGCUUUAUCUGUUCAAUGUUAGGCUGCAGCUGGGUGUUUUCAUUGUCCAGUGAACAAGUUCUCUUGGAGCUGAGCUGUUUUAUUGUCUGAAUGAAUAAAGAGGUGGUGUAUGUUGCUACAUAUUUAAGAGACCUGUUUCUGGUUGAGAGAAUGAAGAAAAUAUUGCAGUGCAGACCAAUUUUAGCCUCACUUCUAAAUUAGUCUUAGAUCUGUCCUUGGACCUCAUCUUAAGAUGGGUUUCAAGCAUGUGUUUACGUUUAAUUCAUGAAAGAUGCUGAGCUUAAACAACCUUACUAUGGCAGAUUUUAAAGAUCCUCUUUGUAGCUUACACACCUGUGAUCUGUAAAUCUCGAAAAUCAACGUACGCCAACAGUUCCUGUCUUGUGAUGUCCCCUCAUUCAAUGCAGCCCAAAUGAGGCUUGAGUCAGGAACAGCCAGGACCAAAUGUGGAAAUCAAACUUUUUGGGAAGACGAGAUCACAGCGAUGGUCGAGGAGACUGACGCCGGACAACGUAUUAUUCAGCGGACUACAUGUCGACGGGAACAAACAAAGGCAAAAGGCACAGCUUGGGAGUGUGUUGCUGAUGCACAUCAUUCGCUAGGCUUGUGCACAGUUCACCAAAACACAUGGUUUUCUACUUAAGUCAUAGUUUAAUUCAAAACUGACCAUAAUUCUGUAUUGGUUUUUUUUGCUUUUUUGUUUUUUAUAAAUGUGGCCCCAGCUGUGUCAUAUGAAUAUGUUGAAUCUGAAUUUAAAAUUCCUGACUUUAGAUUAUGUGUGAGGUUUACAUGCAGUUUGCUUUAUGUUUUUUAUGCUUGUAUGUAGGUCUUAAAAUUUGAGGUUGAAAUGUUGUUUUUUUAAACUCGCAUUUCAAAUUCAGUUCCUCUAUUUCAGUUUUCAUCUGUCUGUGACGGCGUUUUUAGGGGCUGAGGUGAAAACAAAGCUGAUUCAUCACAAUGUUUCAAAAACCUUUGAACCAUCAAAACCUUUCUGACUCUCAUCUCACAGUCGUCUCAAAUUUGACUUUUUUUUUUUUUUUUUUUUACAUUUUGGCAUAUCCCGUCAGGAAUUUGUGGGCAUGCAAUGGACAUGGGACAGAAAAUUAAAUUGAACUGUGAUGAAUUAAAAUCUGAAAUAUACUUUCAGUUCAUUCAGUUGAAAUGAAAUAGAAAAUUAAAUUGAACACCACAGUAUGGGCUCAUUCUGCACAUGAUUCACAAGCAGUUAGUCACUGAUUUUCAGUUCUUAUGUCAAAUGUAAGAUAAGAGGAAAAAUUCUACUGUGAAACAAGUGUAGGUUUUUUUUUUCACCAACAACCCACACAUUUCCUACAAAGUUACAUUUAAAAAAA